UUCCGCAUCGCCAAUUUUCAAGUGACGGAGGCCUUUCAGGAAGUUUGCGGGUUUCGGUUGCUGCUGGAAGUUGAGAUUUAAGAUCUUUCAGGUGGUCAGGCGUCAUUGCGCCCGACCUGACUGCUUCAAUUCAGUGAGAUGCAAGCCGUAAGAAAUUUCUUCCGCGCUGCCUGGUCUUCGGAUGAAAAGCUCGAUGGCAAAACUGUGGUCAUCACCGGUGCCAACACUGGCAUUGGCAAAGAGACAGCCAUCGACCUGGCCAAGAGAGGGGCAAAGGUCAUCAUAGCGUGCAGGGACAUGGAGAAAGCAGAGGCCGCUGUGAAGGAAAUCAUCGAAAGCUCGGGCAGCGAAAACGUCCUUUGCAUGAAACUUGACUUGUCAGAUAGCAAGUCGAUAAGAGAAUUUGCUGAGGCCAUCAACAAAGGAGAGCCGAAACUCAACAUCCUCAUCAACAAUGCUGGUGUGAUGGUGUGUCCUUAUGGGAAAACAGCAGAUGGCUUUGAGAUGCAGAUCGGUGUCAAUCACAUGGGUCACUUCCUGUUGACGCACUUGUUGCUUGACCUGAUUAAAAGAUCGGCACCAGCCAGGAUUAUCAAUGUGUCUUCCAUGGCCCACGCCUGGGGCACCAUCAAUCUGGAGGACAUCAACAGUGAGAAUAGUUACGACAAGAGUAAAGCCUACUCCCAGAGCAAGUUAGCCAACGUCCUCUUCACCCGCUCACUGGCUAAACGACUUGAAGGCACAGGUGUGACGACAUACUCUCUCCACCCUGGAGUCGUCCAGACAGAUUUAUGGCGUCACCUGAACGGCCCUCAACAGUUCGUCAUGAGGAUGAUCAGUCCCUUCACCAAAAACUCUGUCCAGGGAGCUCAGACAACCAUUUACUGUGCAGUGGAGCCAUCACUGGAGAAAGAGAGCGGUGGAUACUACAGUGACUGUGCUCCUGCCAACUGCUCCGCGGCUGGAAAAGACGACGACCUGGCGCAGAAGCUGUGGGAGCUGAGCUGUCAGAUGCUCUCUAUAACAUGGGAGUGAAAUUAAAAUAAAAUCCUUCAGCUUACAGUCUGAAGUGUUUCUCCACUAAUCAAUGCAAUGCGUCUUAUUUCACUAACACCGCCUGCCAAGAAACAGUGUGCCCAAUAUUGACUUAAUAUGAGUUUACUUAUAUAUAUAUAUAUAUAUAUAUAUAUAUAUAUAUAUAUAUAUAAGUAAACAGUUCUUGUCUAGUUUGUAUUUGUUUUACUUACUAACACUCAGUACUUUCACAUGGCACUAUUUCUAACUAUGAAAAUACCAAGUAAAGUAUACUUUAUACCAAAUACUUUCCAUUUUGAUAAUCGUUUCAUAGUGGAUAUUUGGAUUAAAAUUGUGGAAUUAUUGAGAGAAAAACUUGUCAGACUACAGUGUUUUAUACAUGUCUCAAAUGUUUUUCUGUACUUGUAUUUUUUUACAUUAAACUCCCUGUUACUCUC